GGGGUUGACGGCUGCGGCUGUUGGAGGCUGCGGCGGCCAUGGCGGGGAGCGAGGGUUUGAUGUCCGUGGAUUACGAGGUGUCGGGUAGAGUGCAGGGCGUCUUCUUCCGCAAGUAUACCCAGAGCGAGGCCAAGCGGCUGGGGCUGGUUGGCUGGGUGCGGAACACGAGCCAUGGCACCGUGCAGGGACAGGCCCAGGGCCCGGCCGCCAGGGUGAGGGAGCUGCAGGAGUGGCUGCGGAAGAUCGGGAGCCCCCAGUCCCGCAUCAGCCGGGCCGAGUUCACCAACGAGAAGGAGAUAGCGGCGCUGGAACACACAGACUUCCAGAUCCGAAAGUAACCUGCUCCAGAAAGCAGCCGGCCUGGGGCACGGGCUGCCCUCGCCGAACAUCCGUCCUCACCUCCCGGCCGCUCAGACAGCUGACAUCCACCUCUAGAGAACUUUGUUUCCUUCCAUUUCUAACUUAUUCGUUCGUUGUACUGUUGUGUAGCACUAAAACACCCGCGUCGCUUUGGCAGGUGGAGCGUGGCUCGGUGCUGUCUGUACUGAUGGGCUGCCCAGGGGCUCAGCCUCCGGUCCUUGAGGGCCUGCGCUGAGCGGGGUCUGAGCGGCAGUACCGAGUGCUGUGUGUGGUGGGUGUAACGCUGCGCCGUGUGGGGAAGCUGCAGAAUUGGUGCCAGCUGUGAAGACUGCUGAAAGUGAGAUUGCUGUGACCUGCAUGUCUCCGAAGCAAUUUAUUUUGUUCUUUACUCGCACAGAUGUUUAUUUUUAUUAGAAUAAAGGUACUUGGAGCUUGCUUGA